UGCCAGGCGCUGGGGGUCGGUGAGUGAGCGGGGAGAGUCGCUGCUCGUCCGCAGCGGCGCUGCACACACACACGCACACACACGCAGGUUCUCCAGCACCGCCGAGACUCUCACGGCUAUGUAGCUCAGGGCUUUUCACAUGUCACUCAACCGAAGCUGAAGAACAGAACCGAAGCCAGCCGGGUCGCUUGUCGGGGCCGUUUAAGUAACGUUACUGCGGCGGCUAACGGAGCUAGCCUAGCGAUAAUCUGCCGGAGGGAGUAACGUUAGCCAUCAGCGGGGCACUUUCGCCUCACGUCCGCCGGGGGGAAAGAAGGACAACCCCCUCCCUCCUUUCUGGAGACCCAGCCGUCAACUAGAUGAUUAUGGAGAGGAAGAGGGUGGACUGUCCGGCUCUGCCGCCGGGCUGGAAGAAAGAAGAGGUGAUCCGGAAGUCGGGACUCAGCGCUGGCAAAAGUGAUGUUUAUUACUACAGCCCCACGGGGAAGAAGUUCAGAAGCAAACCCCAGCUGUCCCGUUACCUCGGCAACACGGUCGACCUAGCAUGCUUCGACUUCCGCACGGGAAAGAUGAUGCCCAGCAAAGUGCAAAAAAACAAACAGAGGCUUCGCAGCGAGAACCUCAGCCUGUCCAAGGGCAAGCCUGACCUCAACACGGCGCUGCCCAUCCGACAGACAGCGUCCAUUUUCAAACAGCCCGUCACCAAAGUGGUCAACCAUCCCAACAACAAAGUCAAGACAGACUUACAGAGAGCGACGGAGCAGCCUCGGCAGCUGUUCUGGGAGAAGAGGUUGAAAGGCUUGAGGUCGUCAGACGUCACAGAAGAGGUUCUCAGGACUAUGGAGCUUCCUAAAGGUUUACAAAGUGUAGGUCCAGAUGCGUCGGACGAAACCUUGCUGUCGGCCAUAGCCAGCGCUCUGCAUAUGAGUUCAGGCCCAAUCACGGGUCAGACGUCCACCGCCGCGGAGAAGAACCCAGCCAUCUGGCUCAACACCUCCCAGCCGCUCUGCAAAGCCUUCACCGUCACUGACGACGACAUCAGGGAGCAGGAGCUGAAGGUGUACCAGGCCAGGCGGAGUCUGGAGGAGGCCCUGAUGGCUGAUGGUUUGGCGCGGGCCGCCGAAUCUGCCAGAGAAAUGGAGGGCAAGGCUGCAUAGACUCCAGCAAGAAUGCACUGAAUUCAGGCUUCACCCCACUAUCGACCUCCUGGAGAUGAUGUCAUCGGUCUGCACUGAAAGCCGGACCGCAGACCCAAGCACACUUUUCCCACCCUCUUACAAAUAGCUUCAACCAAGGCCUUUUUUUUUUGUUUGUUUUUUUUUUGGAAAUAGAGCAUAUAUUUUCAAGUACAUAUCUACAUAUGAUUUAUGAUCAAGAACAAUUACUUAUUUUGUGUCAGAAAUUUUGAACCGAAAUGUUCAUUUUAUACAAAUACUGAGCAAUACUUCUGGGAAACUGAGUCAGGUUGCAAUCUGCUGGAUUUGUAUUGCUAACUUUUUUUUUUUUUUUUUUUUUUUCCGGUGUCAGUGGUUGUAAGGGAUUUGUCCUUUUCAGGGUUUGUAACAAAUUAAUGCAUUUACAUACUUAUGAGUGAGAACUUGCUUAUUUAAGAAAAAAUAAUUUUAUACCAUGAAA